UCCGGCAGGAACCAUAAUGACGGAUGAGGGGAAUCAGAGCGCUGGCAUCACCUUCGUCCACUUGGGCUUCUCGGAACACCCACCCCUGCAGGCGCCCCUCUUCUUGGUCUUCUCGGCCAUCUAUACAGUCACUGUGCUGGGGAACCUGGGCAUGAUAGUGAUCAUCAGAGUCAGUCCCACACUCCACACACCCAUGUACUUUUUUCUCAGCAAUCUCUCCUUUCUUGAUUUCUGUUACUCUUUGGCACUUACACCCAAACUCUUAGAGAUCUUGGUUGUGGACACAAAGACUAUCUCUUAUAUGGGUUGCAUGAUGCAAUUUUUCUUUGGUUGCUCACUUGUGAUUACAGAAAUGUUCAUGUUAGCGGUGAUGGCCUAUGACCGACUUGUGGCUAUUUGUAACCCCCUGCUCUACACAGUGGCUAUGUCUCGUAAGCUCUGUGCCCUCCUGGUAGCUGCAUCCUACACGUGGGGUGGGAUGUGUUCCUUAACAAUCACAUAUUCUCUUCUGGGACUGUUCUUCUGUGGUUCCAACACCAUAAAUCACUUUGGUUGUGGAUAUUCUGCCAUCCUCUCUCUAGCCUGUUCUGACCCCUACUUCAGUCAGAUGAUGUGUUUCAUCAUUUCUACAUUCAAUGAGGCAUGUAGUCUCCUGAUUAUCCCCUCCUCCUAUGUUUUCAUAGUUGUCACAGUUGUCAAGAUGCCUUCCACUGGUGGAUGCCGAAAAGCCUUCUCCACCUGUGCCUCCCACCUGACUGCCAUCACCAUUUUCCACGGGACCAUCCUUCUUCUCUACUGUCUGCCCACCUCCAUAAGCUCAUGGCUCCUCAUCAAAGUAGCCACUGUGUUUUACACAAUUGUCAUCCCCAUGCUGAACCCCCUUAUCUACAGCCUUAGAAAUAAUGAUGUGAAGGAGGCAGCCAGAAGGUUAAUUAACACCAAACUGUUUUCUCAUGCAAUGUAA